GCUCAGGCAUCCAUCUACAGCUCUACACUCUCCGGUAGCACAACAAUACGCGUUCUCUGUUACUCCCUCGCCGCUUCCCCUCCCUACGCCUCGCUCUCGUUAUGGCGGACGGCGAGCGGUCCCCGUUGCUUUCGGAUCUCGGCGAUGGAGCUCUCGACAGUGGUAACGGUGGUGUGUCUCUUGGAGCGGCUCCGCACGGUGUACCAAACAAACCGCAGAGUUUUCCUCCAUUUCCGAGUUCGUCUCAGCCCCCUGUAUUGCUUGGCGAGAAUCCUCCACCCUAUUCCCCCCUAACAUCUCCCGAAAGUGGCAGUGCCCCGGUCAUCAGCUGCAGGGUUUGCCAGUCGCUCAUCAGCGUCGAGGGCAAAAUCCACCAACAUGUGGUCAAGUGCGGAGUCUGCAACGAAGCUACACCCAUAAAGAAUGCCCCAUCUGGGAAGAAAUAUGUGCGGUGUCCCUGUAACUGUCUCCUCAUCUGCAAGGUUACAUCCCAGAGGAUUGCCUGCCCACGGCCCUACUGUAAAAGGAUCAUUAACUUGGGACCAGUCCACCCGGGCCCGGCCAGUCCAGAACCACAACCUGCUGGAGCUAGAGUUUCCUGCGGACACUGCAGCAACACCUUCCUGUGGACGGAGUUUACUGACAAGACGCUGGCUCGAUGCCCCCACUGCAGAAAAGUAUCUUCGAUUGGUCAGAUGUAUCCAAGGAGGCGGAGUCUGUGGUGUUACCUGCUUUGCUUGCUGUUCAGCAUAGCAGCAGCUGGACUGAUUGCAGGGACGUGGUCACAGGCGCAUGUGUAUGGGGGUAUUUAUGCUUCCUGGGCAGCAGCGUUGUUGCUGGUGGUGUUGACGCUGGCCAGGGCGCUUUACUGGAGCUGCAUGAGGGUCAGCCAACCUCUCCACAACCUCACAUAGAGAGCAAAAGGGGUGUGAUUUAAAGAGAGAGUUGGGUUGGUGGAAAAAAUAUAGGCCACAGUGAUAGAGAGAAGGAGAGAAUCAUGGUUAACUCUUAAAAGUUGAUUAUGAACGCAGUAAUAAAGUUAAAUCCAGGGUUGAGAAAUGAGCGAAAAUGCUACUAUGGCAAAGAAGAUAAGCAUUUUAAAAUUAUUUUUAUUCUGAAAUUUUUUCUGGAUGUGUUCUCAUCCUUGAAUAUGAACUGACCUGUUACUCAUAGUUACAUGCAAACAUGCAGUUACAUUAUGCAGCUAAUUCAAAAGCUCCCCUCGUUUUACCUGAUCGCACCCACACGUAUACAAAAUACACAAACUCAAUAUUAUAUGUCUUAAAUUAGUUACACUACAAUGCAAACGUACUCACCAAAAAGUCUUUCACACAUUUAAAUCUUGAAAUCUUAGGGGUCUGUGUCUCUCUAGUGCCCUAAUAAGCUCAGAAGCCUUACAAAGACAGACAAGAAGGAAGAAAGACAAGUUGAGCUCCACUAGAGGGUGUCAUUUUUUGAAGUACUGUCAUAAUCUACGCACAGAUGCCUGUAUCUCUGAACAGACACACAUUUACUCCAAAACAAGUGGACCUAUAAAAAAUAAAACGUGAAUUGCAGACAUUUCUCAUCAGCACAUAAAAGUGUAAGUGAGCUUAAGACUUUCCCUGUUUAUCUUUAGUUGUGAAUUUGAAAAUAGUAUUUUUUUUUUUUAAAUAAGUGAAUUUUCUUUGUAAAUAUAUGUUGUUUAUUUCAUGAAUUACUGAGCAGUUGCACUGUAGCUCUAACAUGCUGUGAUUCCUCUGUCUUUUUGUGUUUUUAUUUAAUUGGACAAAAUCACUACUGAUAAUUGAAUGACCAGGAAAAUGUCAAGAUAAACAAAUGAACACCAACGCACCUUCAGAGAGCAAAAAAGGUCAGAUAUCUGCUCUGUGUAAUGUCAGGGACAUUUUAUGGGUUAUUAACCCUCCCGCUCAUGUUCAUGUGAAGUUAAUUGUCAAUUUUCAUGAUCUGUGAGUGAUUAUGUUUGAACUGUGAUUAAAUGAGAUUAAUCAGUUGAUAGAUUUGGAUUCUAGACUUCAAGACCCCUUUUCUCUCUGGUGGAAUUCCGUGAUAUGCCUUUAUGUCCAUACAGACUGGGACGAUGUUCUGAAUGUGGACUAAUAAUCAUACAGUUGCUUAUCGCUUGUUUUGAAUGUGCAUUGUUUUGCAGAAAUAUUCCAAAUAAGUGUGUACAAAUUCCCAACUUUAUAAUAGCACUUCUGAAUCUUUAUUUUCUCCUUGAAAGAAAUGGGUCUGGAUGUCUGGAAGACCAAACAAGGGGUCAGGAUGUUAUUUAUAAAGAGCAGAUGGUCAAUGAUGGAGGUCUUCUCUGAAUUUGUUUACACAUGAGAUUAUGAUUACACAUGAUUAAAAUGUUGAUUAUAAUGAUGAAGCUAUAAAACUGAAAAAGUGA